UUUAGGUCAGGGAAUCGGAUCGAAUGGAAUCGUUCAAGCAAACCAAUAUGGACUUCUUCAAUCACAUGGUCAACAACAAAUUAUGAAAUGAAUACAAUCAUUAAAAUGAAUCGUUACAUCCCUAGUUUUAUAUUUCCUGCACAACUGAUUUUUUAUUCAUUUGGUCAGAGCAUAGUUAACAAUCAGUAUAGACGUUGUUAGAAGAGUCAUGGUGAGUUUUCAUGGUGCCAGCUGGAAAAAGCACAGUGAUGAGAGCAUGCUCGGGCUGCUUUGGUGGCUAUCUGGGCUCCUUCGGGGCUGUGGAAUGAGAUUUGAGGGCUUUAAAAGUGGAUCAGUGUUUUGUAAUGAAUGUUUUCCUCCCACCCUCCCUUCUUCUCUCUGUGGCUGUGCGCCUGCAUCGCCUAUUAUUAGCUGAGGCCUUACAGUUAGAGGAGAUGGCUCCAUGACGAGCCGUGCUCUCUUUGCAGCACAGCCGCCGCACACGUAAAAAGCACCCUCUUCUUCCGUCUCGCCCAUCGCUCUGAUCUAAAGGACUUUCCCCGCAGCAUCUGCUCCCGGCCGUCUAUUUCCAGCAAUCCUGAUUCAAUUUCGCCUCGAAGAUGAAGCUAAACACGGACGACCACCGGGUGCAAAGCUCUUCCCAUGGAGCGCUGCGUUAUACCUCUUUUAUUGAGCAGCCCGGUGCAGCACUUCCUUAUGUUGCGGUCCCAGUUGACAGAUUCUGAUAUGGACUAUGAGAGGCCAAACGUUGAAACUAUCAAAUGUGUGGUGGUAGGAGACAAUGCAGUCGGGAAGACCCGUCUUAUCUGUGCCAGGGCGUGCAAUGCAACUCUGACUCAGUACCAGCUACUUGCUACGCAUGUGCCCACAGUCUGGGCAAUUGACCAGUACAGAGUAUGUCAAGAGGUAUUAGAGCGCUCCAGAGACGUAGUGGACGAUGUUAGUGUUUCUCUCCGGCUCUGGGAUACUUUUGGGGACCAUCAUAAGGACCGGCGUUUUGCAUACGGCAGGUCUGACGUUGUGGUACUAUGCUUCUCAAUCGCCAAUCCCAACUCCUUGUACCACGUGAAGACCAUGUGGUACCCAGAGAUCAAACACUUUUGCCCACGUGCACCUGUCAUCUUGGUCGGCUGUCAGCUGGAUCUGCGCUAUGCAGACUUGGAGGCAGUGAACAGGGCAAGGAGACCUCUGGCAAGACCCAUAAAAUCGAAUGAGAUCCUUCCUCCUGAGAGAGGCCGAGAGGUGGCCAAAGAGUUGGGGGUCCCGUAUUAUGAAACUAGUGUUGUAGCUCAGUUUGGAGUCAAGGACGUCUUUGAUAAUGCUAUCCGAGCUGCCCUCAUCUCACGACGACAUUUGCAGUUUUGGAAAUCUCACCUCAGAAAUGUUCAGCGGCCUCUCCUUCAAGCGCCCUUCCUGCCUCCAAAACCUCCCCCUCCUAUAAUCACUGUGCCUCCUCCCCCAUCCACUACAGAGGAGCAUCCAGUAGGUCUUCUGGAGGACCCACACUGUGCUGAUGUCAUCCUGGUGCUGCAAGAGCGACAGAAAAUCUUUGCACACAAGAUAUAUUUGGCAACAUCUUCUUCAAAGUUCUAUGACCUCUUUAUAUUGGAAACACAGAAUGAGGAGACUGAAAAGCCUCCCCGCGGUCCUCCCUCUGGGAGAGAACUGCUUAUGCGUGCUGCUAGCUUUGAUGUUUGCGAGAUCAACGAUGAUGGAGACAGGGCCAACCUUAGGGCCUGCACCAGUGAUGGGACCUUGAAAGACUCAGAGGGAGGCAGACGAGGAAGGCUACUUUCCUCCUGGAGUCGAGCCUUUGUCAGCAUUCAGGAGGAACUGGUGGAUGAUCCUGUGACAUACAGCCCCAGGCUCAUGACAGUGGUACACAUGGACCAGUCCAUGCAGCCGGGACCAUUUCGAGCAGUACUUCGCUACCUGUAUUCUGGUCAGCUGGAUGAGAAUGAAAAAGAGCUGAUGCAAAUUGCACACAUUGCUGAGCUGCUGGAGGUUUUUGAUCUGCGGAUGAUGGUGGCAAACAUACUUAACAACGAAGCCUUCAUGAAUCAAGAAAUCACCAAAGCCUUCCAUGUGCGCCGAACUAACAGAGUUAAAGAAUGCUUGGCCAAAGGCACAUUUUCUGAUGUAGUAUUUAAGCUUGAUGAUGGGACAAUCAUGGCCCACAAGCCUCUACUCAUCUCUAGUUGUGACUGGAUGGCAGCUAUGUUUGGCGGGCCUUUUGUGGAGAGCUGCACCAAAGAGGUGCUGUUUCCCAACACGACUCGCAGCUGUAUGAGAGCUGUGCUGGAAUAUCUCUACACAGGGAGGUUUUGUUCACGGUCUGAUCUAGAUGCAAUGGAACUUAUUGUUCUAGCCAAUCGUCUUUGCCUCCCCCACCUGGUUGCACUCACAGAGCUCUACACUGUAACAGUAUUGACAGAGGCAGCAAUGAUGGGGACUGACAUUGAUGGAGAUGUGUUAGUGUACCUGGAUGUGGCCCAGUUCCAUGGUGCGCAUCAGCUAGCAGGAUGGUGUCUGCAUCAUAUUUGCACCAACUACAACAGUGUCUGCCGCAAGUUUCCCCGAGAUAUGAAAGCCAAGUCUCCGGACAACCAGGAGUACUUUGAGAAACAUCGCUGGCCACCCGUUUGGUACUUGAAAGAAGAUGACCACUACCAAAGGGCUCGCAAAGAGCGUGACAAGGAGGACUAUAUGUACCAGAGAAGGCAAUGUAAACGCAGGUGGCUCUUCUGGAACCUUCCUUCUUCCCCAAACUCAAACUCCCCUUCAGGCUCAUCAGCUUUCAUCUGAUCAAGUGGUAAGGGUGGAUGCAGUCUGGAAGCUAUUGUGUACAAGUCAUUAAAAAUAACAUAAAAGAUAACCUCUGCUUGCUCAGUACACCUGAAUGAUCAGGCACUCUGCUUCUGCUGAAAACACUGCUCCCAAUGUUGUGAGGUCCUGAUAAAAGUAGUGUUUUUUUGUAAAUGUAGAGUUUUAGCUUUAGAAAUAUUUAGAUUAAGUUUUCAAACGUGACAGAGCAUCAUGGAAAGACAGAAGUUUCACCUCAUUGUCAGUUGACCUCAACUGAGAACCAAGUGCUGCUUAUCAGCUGCAACAACCAGCAGUUCCACACAGAACCUAAGUCUCAGAGAUAUAACACUUUGCCCUUAAGUGUUUGCACAAUCUUCCAGGCGAUAUGACCUCUCAAACAGGAUGUAACAACAUGCUCAGAAACUGUAACGGAAGCUUAUUCUAGUCACUCAUCAUAAUUGAAACAAUAGCAAUUUUUUUUCUCUGUCAACUCUAUUUUGACAUGUGUUUUUUCAAUUGUGUACAACUUUCAAAACUAACAGUGGUAUAUGUCUGGAUGCACAGCAUUUGUACAAUGUGAUCUUGUGAUUUAAGACCUCUUGUCAUAAAAGGGCUUUAGUUUACAUGAAUGUGUUAAGUUUGCUCUUUUCAAGAGAUCCUAAAUCAAAGGAAAAAAAUGUUUUCUGUAGGAUGCACGCAAAACAAUUUCUAUCGUACAUAUUUUACAAUGUUUUUGUUAUGUUUCAAAUGGUAAAAAAUAACAUCCGGGUUUCACAAAAUUCGAUUCUUUUUUUUUUUUUUUUGAGUUAAAGAAGUUAUAGUAAUAUUUUUAUUCAUGUGUUUCCCUGAUCUGUCUCACAGAGAUUGCUUAAGGCCAUGUCACACAGCCACUACAUACAUUUUGCACGGAUGACAAUUGUUCAUAUGUGAAAUAUA